GAUUGUACUAUUUUUGCAAUGGCAAAUGUGUAAAUUUGCAUCGACGUGGUCAUUUCAAGCAGAAGCCAAACAAUGCGUCAUUUUUUGGAUGUUGAUGUGUGUACUUGCACUGAAGAGACACCACCAGGUCCGUUACCAGUCUUGAAUUUUUGAUUUCACUGCGAGUUACCUCGAGCAGCUAUUGAGUCCACUCGCGUUCAAUGUAUUGUAUAUAUUACGCCAUAGACUGUAGCUGUAAGGUGUGAAAUCCAAAUGUUGGGUGUACAAUAAGCUCUGACUGUCAGGCUUUUAUAAAGUGAGAAAGACAGUCAGUUAACACUUCCCCUUCUGUUUGUCCACUUGGUCUCCCUGUAUUGUUAAAAUGUAAAACUCCUUUGUUGUCAUUUUUCCAUGUGCCUUUUUUUUUUUUUUUUUUUUUUUUUUUGGGUUUGUCCAAUUCAUUUUUGUUCUUUUAAUUCCAACAUGCAUGUUUUUAGUAGGUUAAAUGCCCACUAACGUCAUCCUUAAAUAUUUUCAAUUGUGCACAGAAUGUCAUCCCAACACAUUGUAAUCUGGAACCACUGCUGUAGUUUUUUUUUUAAAUUGUGACCAAACAUUUUAAAUAUUUGAUACUGUGUUGUCCUGGCAGUGUUUCAUGUUCACAUGUUGAUCAUGUGCCGUAACUCUGUAAAGAGAGUGCAAAAAGUUGGGCACUUUUGCUUAAGACGGGUGGGUUAUGUUCCACACAGUGCACAUCCUCAUUUGUGCUUGAGAGUUCUGCAGUGUAUGUUUAUAUUGUGUGUACGCAUGGUCAGGUGGCUUGUUGUGACUUUUUCCUCCACAGUCCCCAAGGUAAGUGUUUGCAGGUUUACACGAGAAGACCGCGACAAGAAGCAUACAGGUGCAAAUGUCAGUUUUAUUCAAUCGCAUACUGGAAUCUUAGAAUGGAGAGUUGAUUGUAACAUUUGCAAGGCGGUAAUAAAUGUAUUUCUACUUAAUCAUGCAAAGCGGCAUUUGACCCAUUUGAAUUAAAUAGCUUAACUUAAGCAAGAGAAGCACUGUAUUUAAUAUAAAGCUGCAUGAACCAUUCUAACUGCAGUAUUACAAUGAGUGACUUGUAAAGCUACUUAUGUGGGACGAUCCAGGCUAUCCAACAAUAAAACUUAUGGCUAAAUUUUGACUGGCUUUUUCUUGGUGUAUUGAAGUAUGUGUAACUGCCGCUCAAAAUAUUUUUGUCAGAUUUUAUUAGUGAAUAAGCACUAGAACACGUGGUAUAAUGUAUGUUCGCUGUGAAAUAAAAGGUUUAUAGGUUUUUUUUGGUGAUAAGUUUUAAGUGAGGAAUUUUCACGGACUCCGGGCAUUAAACUAGGUUGCACUUCCGUUUCGCCCGGAAGUAGAUAGAUACUGUCAAGCUGUUUACUCGAGUGAUGGCAUUUAAAGUGUACAAAGCACAGUAUUUCUUGUUUGUUGUAUUUUUAACUUGUUUCACUUGCGUCUAUGAGUACGGCAAUAUUUUACAUUUGCUGCUCACUGACUCCGGCCAUGAAAACGGGUUGCACUUCCGUUUCCCGAAGUAGAUGGUACUUUUAUUAUUAUUUUUUUUUCCAACCUCACUUGUGUUGUUGUGUUGGCGUUUAGAAUUAAUAUUGAUAGGUAGCUAUGACUCAUUUCGAAAAGGCGAUAUUCGUGAAUGCGGAACUUUUUGUCGAAGGGCCCCUAGCGGACGCCGGGCAUGAAAACAGGUUGCACCAGUGGAAGACCGGAAGCUAUUGUCGCUGUUUUGUUGACAAACUGAAUCAAUGGCAGUCGUAACAAAUGUGCAACUCCACCGGAGAACAAAAGGAACAAUUUAAAUUGUUUCCAGGGCGUCAACCUAACAUCACUCCCUGUGUAAUAUGUUUAAAAAGAUGACAGAAUUCGGUCCAGAUUCCGGUGGUCGGGUUAAGGGAAUCACUAUUGUGAAGCCCAUCGUGUUCGGGAACGUCGCUCGCUACUUCGGCAAGAAGCGAGAGGAAGAUGGGCACACUCAUCAGUGGUCUGUCUAUGUGAAACCCUACAGAAAUGAGGAUAUGUCAGCCUAUGUGAAGAAGAUCCAAUUUAAGCUUCACGAAAGCUAUGGUAACCCACUAAGAGUGGUGACCAAGCCGCCCUACGAGAUCACAGAGACGGGAUGGGGGGAGUUUGAAAUCACCAUCAAGAUCGUCUUCAUCGACCCCAACGAGAGAUCUGUGACUCUUUACCAUCUGUUGAAGCUCUUCCAGUCCGACUCCAGCGCCAUGCCGAAGAAAACGGUCGUGUCCGAAUUCUAUGAUGAAAUGAUUUUCCAGGAUCCGACUGCCAUGAUGCAGCAGCUCCUGACCACAUCGAGGCAACUCACACUGGGCGCUUACAAGCACGAGACAGAGUUCGGCGAGCUGGAGCUUAGGACCAAGGAGAAAAUGGAGGCGGCCAAGAAGAGAACCAGUCAGGAGAUCACGGAGCUGAAAGACAAGCUGAAGGCCAGCAGGCAGAACAUCAACCACCUCAAGAUGGAGAUCAGGAGACUGGAGGAAGAUGGAGACCACAAGGAGCAUUGACUGAACAUCUCACACGUACACACAAAAACUUUGAUAGCUCCCUGUCCCUUUUUUGAAAACAUUUUUUGACCAGGUUUGUCGUAGUCCUUUUUUACAUUUUCAUUUAAAGAAAAAAGUUGUCAACACCAUUCUGUUUGUGCCUUAUUUUUAUUGAAGGUUAUUGUUCUAGUUCAGGGGAACCUUAUGGAAAUGUGUGGAGUUUGUAUUGAGGAAAAAUAUAUAUAUUUUUAGCAAUAUGAAGGUAAUUAAAUUCUGUAUCCUGACUUUGUUUAAAAAAAUAACGGUAAAAUUGUAAUCGCUAUUGUCAUGCUUUGCUUUUUUAUGGCAAAUAUUUGAGAACAUAUACAAAUUCCUGCAGUCCUCCAACGCAGCAUGACAACAGGAAGUUCCCCUCCCGUUUCCACCUUCGUCAGCGUUCACCUGGAUACGUUUUGCAAAAUCCAACAUGUCGAACAUCCAAAUAACUUGCACAAUAGUCGUUUAGAGGAAAAGUGCAGGUUAAUGCAUCACAACUGAUGCCAACUCGGGACAUCUUUGCCAAGGAGGACUCGAUGAAGGUACAUUUUCUCAUUUGUUUCCCUAUCCUGCACUUGUUUGCAUAUUUGGUUACGAUGGUUAAUUUUUUAAAAAUUAAUUUUAUAAAUAAAUUCCUUCUUAAAUUAAAUGUAUUAAACGCGUAAAAUUGGAAAACGAUUAGCUUUUAGCAAAAAACAAAACAAAACGACACACCGGAGCCUGAUUAGGUUCAUCUGCGCCCUCUUGUGGUCGCUAAUGUAACAGCAGGAAGAACAAUUGCACGCAAUUGAAAAACACUGACAAAUAUGUACUUUUCAUAAAAUGUAUUUGCCAAUUCAAAUAUACUCGUCAUAACCAACCAUACCUGACAAAACCGUGUUUAAAAUAUAUUACUUGACAAUGAACAUUGCACCGCUAGAUAUAUUUCCACUGGCGAAACAGGUAACUGCAAAAGGGACAUCAAUUGCCGAUACUGAUAUGUUGCGUUCACGUGCCUCUUCCUUUUUCACGUUGCAUGCUGGUUACUUACAAGUAUACAAAUAUUUGUCUCUUUUAAUUCUUUAUUCAAUACUAACAAUGUAAAUAUGUGCGUCUUGCAAUGCUGUUAAUUUGUUAUUGCUUAUUUGUAAUGGAACGGUAGAAGUUGGAUUUUUAAAUGGUGUUGAAUUUUAUUUAUAUUUCUUAAAAACAAACGUAGCUCUGCGAGGUAGUGCUGCUUUGUCGAGAUGGAUGAUCCUCUUUUGGAAAUGAAAAGUAACAACAAAAAUCAAUAAAAUGAUUGAUUGAAUGAAUCAUUAAAUGUAUGUAUUGUUGGUAGAAUAUUAAAAUAUUCCUAUAGAUGUUUUGAAAAUAUUGAAGCCUAACUUAAAAAAAAAAAAAAAAUCAUGGGCUCCUUAUGUUCCAAAUUGUUCAUUUUCAGUGUAAUAUUCAAAACAAUAAAUUGCUACAUUGAUUACCUACAUGUGUGC